GCACUCUUCGCUGAACACCGCGUGCUGGGCUCCUCGGUGCUCCCCCUGGGGCCUACCUGGCAGGCUUUGGUCAUCGAUGACCUUGUGAAUCUGAGUGCUCUGCCCGCCAGUGCUGACCCAACCGGGCCCUCUGAAGCAAGAGCUUUGCACGAAGCGGCCACCCGUGCUUACGAAUCACAGCAGGUCGCUGGGUCGCCGGCCAAGGACGUUCUAGGCAGCACCUUGUUCCAGGCCAUUGGCGCCGAAGUUGACUCGAGGGGCCCCCAGGUUUCCCGAGCUUGCGUGCCAGUCGCCGCCCCGCUGGCCCGAAGAGUUGCCUUAGCCACUCUCAGCCUGCGCAUUACGUCUGCCAAGCUGCUUUCGCAUCUGACCGGCGCCUGGGUCUCCUGCGCUAUGUUCCGGCGGUGCUCCAUGUGCAUAUUUCACCGAGUGUUCGGGCCCGAAUCACGGGGUCUCCCAGGGAGCUCCACUCAGGAGCCGGUCCCUCAGCCUCGGAAGCUUGCCCAAGAGCUGUGCCUAGCCUCUGCCCUUAUGCCCCUGCUCGCCUCGAACAUUGCAGCUCAGCAGCACUGCCGGGUUUUCGCCACUGAUGCCUCCCUUGCUUUGGGCGCCUACUGUGAGCCUGAUGUCAGCGAGAAGGUUGCGCACAGCCUUUGGCUAAACGGUGACAGGAAGGGAGCCUACAGUCGGCUCUCGAUAGGAGCCACCGCGGUGCUGCGUGCCCUCGGUGAGGAGUGCUCGGAAGAUGUGUGUGGGCCCCCUCCCGGACUCGAGCCGGUGCCCCCUUCGAUGCCCUUUCUGUUGGAUUUUCUUGAGAUCGGCCACCCGCAAGGCCCAGUAUCAGCUGCUGCCUCAAACCUCGGUCUCCGGGUCGGCCCUCCAAUCCAUGUAUCUGGCUCUCCCCACUACGCAGUCGAGGACCCCGACUUCUUUGCGUGGAUUUAUGCUGUCCUUAAGGAGGUUUGGGCGACCUGCUCUGCUGCUCGUGCCGGCCUCUUCUCGACUAGUUCGGGGGCCCACCUGGAAAAGGCCUCAACCGGGAGAUUUUUAGGGCCGAUUGCUGCUGCCGCCUUGCGGGACACACUCGGGGACCGGAUGCUGCCGCCCGGGCUCGUGCACGCCGCAGCCAAGGCCUUUCAGGCCGCAAAGCAGACAGCCGACUUUGAGGAGAGGCCCCGCCCAGCUCUCGAAAGCGUGGUGUCCAACGACCUGCUUGCCAGCAACGCCUGGAGGGUUCGCAGGGUACUCCGAUGGAGGGGCACCCAUCACAUAAACGUGCUCGAGCUAGCCUCCUUGGUCGCUCUGCUCAGGGAGCUUGCCCUUGAGGCUCCGGACAGUCGCUUUAGUGUCCUGCUCGACUCGGCUGUUGCAAAAGCCGCCGCGGCCAAGGGGAGGUCAACCUCGUUCGCUUUAUCCCCAGGCCUUGCCCGGGCCUGUGCCAUUCAGCUUGCCUUUGGGUUGUACAUGUCUUUGGGCUUCGCCCCCACGCGCCUCAACGUUGCAGACGACCCCACCAGACUCACUUGCCUCCGGGACAAGGCUGAGGGCUCGUUGUGCAAACUGCUUCCUGUUUGGGCGCUGCAUGGCCUCGGAGCUCGGCCUUUACUCGGCCGCUUGCCUCAUGGUGCCGCCUUUUCCUUCUGCUUGUGUGCUCCAAGGGCCCUGCUUCGAGCCUUCUUUCUGUGCUCAGCCCUUGCAGGCUCUGCCGAGCCACGCCCGCAGGGCGGUUGCCUGCGCGAUUUCGACGCCACCUUGGGUUACCCCGGUGAAGGACCUGGACUUUCUCCUUACGUUGUCAGUGUGAGCCUCUUCUGUGCUCUGCCAAGCCUUUUCGUUGAGGGCGCCCUUGACUUUGCUUGGCCUUCUUUCUCCUUGCAGCUCGCCCUCAUGUGGGCUCGAGCUUCUGUGCCUGUUCCGCAAACCUGCACCGACCUUAGAAAUACCACCGCCGGUCUCCUCUUCAAAACCUUUCGCCUUCCCUGGAUUUCCGUCCUCUUUGACUCCACCCUGGGUUUCCCGGGGGAAGGCUGGGUGUCCUUCAGGGUCUGUUUCGGGGCUGGGUUUCUAGCUGCCCUCGUUGCCGCCAUGGCGCCGCCUGCCCCAAAGACACCUGCAGAUGCCAGGAGAGCCGAGACCCGAGCUCCACUUGUGCUCUUCGCUGACCGGGUCAUCCGACCCACCACCCGCGCUAACCGAGCGAAGCUCCUCGAGGACCUCGAAGCAUGGUUGCACCUGGCUGGUUUUUCCUCCCUGAAGGAGAUGCUGGUAUGGCCCCUCGACCGCACGGAGGAGAUUUCGGCAAUGCUCGUGGAGUAUGGCCGAAGCCUCUUCAGAAACGGAGCGGCGUACUACCGGUACACUGAGACGAUCAACGCCAUAGCUGCCGCAAGGCCUGGGAUACGCCGCCACCUUGGGGCGGCGUGGGACCUCGCGUUCGCCUGGCUGUCUGAGGAGCCUCACGCUCAUCACCGGGCGUUGCCAAAAGGGGUUUUGCUAGCCAUCCUUGCGGCUGCGCUGACCUGGGGAUGGAUUCGGGAGGCGGCCGUCUUCGCCCUCUCCUGGACCGGAUUGCUUCGCAUUGGCGAGGCCCUGGCGGCUUAUCGCAGGGACCUUAUAUUACCACGCGACGCUGCCCCUGGUACUGACUACGCGCUUCUGCAGAUCUGCAGCCCGAAGACGAGGGGACGCUCAGCAAAGCACCAGGCUGCUCAUAUCGACCCUCCGGAUAUCAUCCGGUUACUGGACGCUGCAUUUGGUGGCCUCCAGAGGAACGAGAAGCUGUGGCCUCUCUCUGCUGGGACGCUUCGUAGGCGCUUCAAGGCCCUUCAGGGAAGAUUCGGUCUAUCUUCACCUGAGGGGGGCGCCCACUUUGACUUAGCAUCCUUCAGGCCAGGCGGCGCUACAUGGAUGUUGCAGCUAACAGAGAAUCCGGACCUGGUCAGACGUCGUGGCCGUUGGCUCUCGAUGCGCGUUAUGGAGAUUUAUCUCCAGGAAGUGCAAGCGGCAACGUACUUACCUUCACUUCGUGCAGGCCAACGUGCCGCACUGAACCAGGCCUGCGAGCUCUUCCCGUCCAUCCUGGCCCGGGCCAUCUUCUUUACAGAGAGUCGGAUCCCGCCACAG